AUGACCACGGACAAGGUGCACGAUGCCAUUGAGCUCAUCGACUUCCUCAGUUCCACAAAUGAAAGCGGAGUCUGUUCCGACCAGCCCUGGUUGUUAAGCACUGAUGGGAGUCCAGAAGAAGGCGUUGCAGAUGCCUUCCUGGAGUCCCUGCUGGGGGAAAGCGAGUCUUCCUCAGCAGCAACUUCCCCCCUGUGGUCUCCAUGCACCACUGACAGCGACAUCUACGAGGACCCCUCUAAAAAGAGCCCGCACACCCGCUUCUGCACGCCCCUGCGUGGAUUGGACGCAGAGUUUUUUCCAAACCUUCUACCAGCACAGGUCCCUCAGAGCCAUCUCGCAAAAGAGGAGGCGUCCGACGUGUCCAUCGACCUCGGAUGGCAGCCCAGUGACCUCCAAGAGCAGCUGGGACUCGCCUAUUACCUGACAUCAAACCAAGCCUCCACACUCCCCUUCAAUCAGACCCUGACACUGAAGGACCUGCUGCUCAACAACCUGGGACAGAACUCGCAGCCUAACUCCCUGGAGUCCCGGCAGGAGCUGGAGCUUAAUGAGGAUGAGAAGAAACUCUUGGCCAAAGAAGGUGUGAACCUGCCCAACAAGCUGCCUCUGUCCAAGUUUGAAGAAAGGGUUUUAAAGAAGAUCCGGCGGAAAAUCCGCAACAAGCGCUCGGCUCAGGAGAGUCGAAAAAAGAAGAGAGAAUAUGUGUACAGUCUGGAGGGAAGGAUGUCUGCGUACGCGGCUCACAACCUGCAGCUGCAGAGAAAAGUCUACCAACUGGAGGAGGCCAACAGUGCUCUGCUGAACCAGCUGAGCCGACUACAGGCUCUGCUCCCCAACUGCUCCAGCAGAACCACACAGAGAGGCACCUGCAUCCUGGUUCUGCUUCUCUCCUUCACUCUGCUCAUCUCUUCAAACCUGACACCAGAUUCUUUUCAUCUACUCAAUCUGAGGUCCCGAGGACCUUCUCGCUCCCUGCUGUCAGUGGAUGAAGGCCAAGUAUUCACUCCUCCUCCUCCCCUUCCUCUCCUAUCUACCACCAUCAGCAGCUUGAAAGAGAAGCUCUGGAGCUGGACAAACACACCCAGCGCUAACAUUCCAGAAUCCCGUGAGCGUGAAUGGCGGCACCACGAUGAUCACUGACCUUCACGUAGCAGGCGAUGCAGACGCUCGUGCUUCCAUCAAAUGAGUCAUUUGCUUCCCCUCAUCCGCUCAGCAAUGGAGCGUUUCAUCCCCCAAAACAUCCCAACAGCUUGUAGGUUUUCCCAGGUGGAGGUCAAACAAAGGCUCCAGUUUGGACCAGAAGAAGAGA